GGCAUCUAAUUAGAGGCUAUCGGUAAUUCUGUUUUAGAAACCUCUCAUAGAUUUGACACUUUCUAUCCAUGUUUCCGUUAUUCGUUUUCAUUCAUAUCAAAACCAUUUGUAUAGUUUACAUUUAUUGGUUGGUUUCCAUGUGAGUCCAAUGCAAAGCUCAGAUGUAUUAUUUUGCAGCAUCAAACCUGAAGAUUCUCAGGUCCUACUAGUUUAAGAAGCUCGAUUUUUACGAAGAGCAAGCGUCGCAUUGGUAAAGCUGUAGUAUACCCCCAAAAGGUCGCAAGAUCUCGAGCCGUCUAACCAAUCAGGAAACCGAGAUGAUGAUAUAUGCAGUUUGCUAUGCUAAAAUAUUCGCUUUAGGGUCUUCGCAUCAUAACUGGUGUCAGUUUGCGAUGAAAAUCCUAACUGGAAUUCUUGAUAUUGAUUUAUAGAGCUUUGCACACUUACUAUUGGCUCGGUUGUAUAGAACAGUUUUAUUCUGUUUAUUAUCACCAGCAACCUUAUUUUAAUACGUACUAUGGAUUGUACGAAAUGGUAUGUCCAUAUGUUGGUGGCAAUAUGAAUAAAAAGUGUUGGCCGUUGAAAUCAGUUUACUUAGGCUUAGUGUAAGCAUGUUGACUAGUGCCAUAGACCCAUAAAUUCCUGGUGAAACGGGACCUAUUUCAUAUCAGUGAACGUUGUGGGUGAAUGUUUCCAAUCAUCUCAGAUGUGCAUGCGAGUUUCUCCAACUGAUUCCGGUAACAGCGGAAUUUUAUUUGUUGGAUUCAAUCAAGAUUAUAGUUGCUUUGCAGUUGGUAUGCAAAAUGGAUUCAGAAUUUUCAAUUGUGAUCCUUUAAAACAAUUAGAACGUUAUGAAUUCGAUAUCCGAGAUGGUACCGGUGUUGGCUACAUGGAAAUGUUAUUUCGUACAAAUUUACUUGGUAUACUGGGUGGCGGUAAUCAUUCACGUCUACCAAGUAAUGUCGCUUGUUUAUGGGAUGGAAUAAAACAACAAUUUGUCUUAGAAAUCACCUGUGCUACAGAUGUUCGUGGCAUUCGUCUAAGACAUGAUCGAAUAAUAAUUAUACUUGUAAAUGCUAUCAAAGUGUACACAUUUAGCCCAUCACCUCAAUUAAUUUUUGAAUCAAAUACAUGUUCAAAUCCUUCAGGAUUGUGUUAUGUCUGUCAAAGUGUUGAUAAUCCAUUGGUUGUAUUUCCUGGACGACGACCUGGUGUUGUAUCAUUAGUUCAUAUUGGAAAUACUGGUUGCAAUGUCAAUCUUAAUAACAACGCAAAUAAUAACAAUCCUGGGAAUGUUACUAACAAUAACAGUAAUACUACUACUAAUAAUAAUAUUGGAAGUACAAAUACAAUAUCCAUCAAUACUAUUUGUCCAUCAUCAACAAAUGCUACUAAUAUGCCACCAAGACAAAUAAUUGCACAUGAAAAUCCACUUGCAUCAAUCACUUUAAAUCGUGAUGGUUAUCUACUGGCAACAGCAUCACAAAAAGGCACAUUAAUUCGUAUAUUUUCUACAAAAGAUUGUACUUUAUUACAUGAAUUACGACGUGGCACUAGUCAAGCUACAAUUACAUCAUUAUCAUUUAAUAAAGAUAGUGAUUUAUUAUGUGUUACCAGUGAACGUGGUACUGCGCACAUAUUUUGUCUUACAAAAGAUUCUUUAACUAAUCCUCGUAAUAUUCAAAUUAGUAGUAGUAAUAGUAUUAGUAGUAGUAGUAAUAGUAGUAAUACUAGUAUCAAUCAUAACCACAGUCCUCACUUGACAAAAUCUUCAGGAUUUGGUUCCGGUAAACUCUCUCUACGUUCUCUAUUUUCUACUACAAGCCAUGUACGAUGUGUUUUGGAAACGAAAUUCAAAGCUAUAUGUGCUUUCAGUUCUGUCAGUCCUGAUACUUUAAUAGUUUUAUCCGCAGAUGGAUCUUACUACAAGUACACAUUCACAGCAAAUGGUACGGUAACACGUGUAACAUUUGUAAACUUUCUAGAUUUCUAUGAUGAUGAAACAGAUUUUUAAUUUUGUCAAUGUAUCUAUUUCUUUGAUAAUUUAAAUACUAAAUAAUUGUGUUUUUGAUAGCUUAUCCUAUCGGUUCUUUUUCAAUUCAUGUUAACAUAGAUUGAAUAAAUUUAAUUCUUUCGUAGUUACUGCUGAUUGUUAUUAUUGUUAUUACACUCUCUCUCUCUCUCUCUCCAUAUAUAUGUUUGUGUGGGUGUUUGUGUAUGUGAUUAUUUAUCCAGUUGUUUUUACUUUUUAUUCUGCGUUUGUGAUUUGUUUGUUUAUUUUUUCUCCAAUUCUAUUUUUUUUAAUUGAACAUUGUGUUGUUUUUGUGGGGGGGGGUGUCUUUCCGCGCUUUCUUCAUCAUGAUAUAUUAUACAUUUGUAAACUCUGUUUUAUACAAUGUGAAUUUAUGAAAAAACGGGUAAGAAUGUGUAUUAUUAUGAAUAAAAGUAGUAGAGAUGUAAAACAAUGAUUAUUGAUUAUCUUGUUUUUCUACGAUUUUCAGUUGUGUUUUUAUUUAUUUUUUAGGUAAUGCUAAGCUUUUCUUUAGUGAUUAGAAAAUAAAUGUUAAUCCCCACGU